AUGGGGGAAGAGCGAUGGUGCCCAUUGGAAGCCGUAAGCAAUGACGGUCACGUGUCUAGGCUGACUCACACACCUGCUCACCGUCGCCGCGCGAUCUUGCCAUCUACUGAGAGUGGGAUGGCCACAAAUGGAAGAGUGCCUGACCGGCAAGGAAGGGUGGGUGGUUUUCAACCGAUAGCAUCAUCCAAUCUCUCUGCCCCCGCGUCUGCCUCCUCAUUUGGACUUGAUGUGGAUGCAUUUUUAGCCCCAGAUUUCGACGUGAAAGAGUGGAUUAAUGACGCACUGGCUGCACCAGCGGCCGCGCUCAGAGCCCGACGGCAAAGCAAUGCAGAAGGUAACAGCGAGUCAGAAGUGGACUCAGAACCAUUUGCGGGUUCAGAAGAAAAGGUCGAGGAUACGUUGGAAGCGUCCGGAUUGGGUGUGGGAGAGGUGGCAAAGGAGCGGACGAGUAUCUCGAGCAAGCCAAGUCAAGCAUCCGCAGGAGAUCCAUCUUCUUCAAUGUCGGUAGAACAGUGCGCGUCAAAUUUGGUUCUCAAACUCCAGUUGCUUAGUUUGGAUAUUUCGACCAAGUUUGAACAGUUGAGUGAGGAGGCGGUUCGGAAUAUACCACGGACGUUGUAUAAUCUCGACUUGAUCCGAAAGGACGCACAGAGAGUAAGAGAAGCGAUUGACGAUGCUCGGCGAGGAUUUGACCAGGCUGAACGAGGCGCAGGGGGAGCCUUCAAAGACCUGGUGAGGCUCGAUCAAGUCCGGAAUCGGAUGGCGUCAACAAGACUGGCCUUGAAAGAAGCCGAGAAUUGGAGUACGCUUUCUGGUGAGAUGGACGCAAUCUUUUCAGCUAGAGACUACACGAAAGCCUCGAUUCGGCUGGAAGAAGCGCAAAGGUCUCUAGGUCUUCUUGCCGCGACCCCAGAUUACGAAGAGCGACGGGAUCUUUUGGCCAACUUGCAGAACCAACUCGAGACAUCACUCAGCCCACAGCUUACCGCUGCCCUGAAUGAUCAUGAUGCAGAGGCUGUGCGAAAGCUUUAUAACGUUUAUAAUCGCAUACAACGAUCGGAUGAGUUUACAAAGCUGUACAACAAGUCUCGCAUAUCUGCAUUGGUCAGGUUCUGGCAACAAUAUGACGAAGAGCUAACAAUACGGGUGGCAGCAUCCGGAGGAGACCAAGAAUUCGGACAUUGGUUGAACCAAUUUUACGAUGAGAUUUUGAUGGUACUCAAGAAAGAACUAUCAUGGUGUGCAUACAUAUUUCCCAGCCCGCAAAAAGUACUACACGAUUUGGUACAAGAAGUUUUCGAAGCUUUGCAGCCCACUGCUGGGAGCAGGAUCAGAGGACUUGCGAGUAGACUUAAGGAUUCGUGCUUGCCCAGCAUUGUGAAUGCAUAUCAAGCCACGGUCCAGUUUGGGAUUAAAGUGGAGAAGCUUCUGUUCUUUUCCAACGCUACCAAGGAAGCGUCGAGCCCUACUCGAAGCGAAAACUCUAAAGAACGCUUGUCGGUGGAUUCGCAUCGAAGCGACGUUACUGCACCUGCGCAUGAUGACCUCAGCAAUUGGGGGAAUAUCGUCUUUGAACCCUUUGUCACCUUUCAACAAGGUUAUGAUAAGCACGAACGAAAUUACCUCCUAUUCGCAUCCUCAACCAUACUUGCGCUGGACAAGAAGACGGAUUAUAUGGAGCUAGCACGCGUUAUGACUGAAUCGGUGGCAAAGCUCUUUUCGUUUGCUGAAGCCGCUGUGGGACGUUGUCGAUUAUUUACUACCGGUUUUGGUGCUGGUGGUUUGGUCGAUGCUCUAAAUGACUAUUUUGCGGCUGUCUUUAGUCGAUACGGCAAUCUUGUGCAACAAUUGCGAGGCGAUGUGGGACUGGAUAAACCUGCACUGCAACGUACCAAUAACGAAUUGGAUGAUGACGACGAAUACGAUUUUGGGAGCGGAGAAUUGGGAAGACAAGAAUGGGGAAACUUUCAGGUUGGAUUACGGUUAUUGGGAUUGUGCAGUGCGAUCAAUAAGCGGCUCAUGAGCUUUGAUCGCGUUUUACGAAACGGUCUUGGUGGAAUUGUUAGGCGAAGAUUGGAUGUUGGAUGGGACACGCCAAUGAACUUUUGGGUGGAUGAGAAAGAGCAUGGGGAAGAAUGCUGGGCCAGCUUCAGAUUACUGAGCAUGUCCACUCUGAACAGUUACAAGCUCCGAAACGUCCUCAGUGCCUUUGAAGCAAUUGGUGAUGGAGCCAAUAUCCAAGCUGUGCGAGAUAACUCAAUCGAAGGCGAGCCUCGACUAUUUGAACGGGCGCUGCUCCAUCUGAAUACCCUUACCACCACAUUUCAACGCUUUGUUUUUGACACCUUAUUCGCGGUGGUUGAAAAGCAGCUGGCACCUUUACCCAGCAUGGAUAUCUGGAACUCGAAUGCGCCCACAACCGCAGGCCCUUUCAAUCUCGACGUCCCUCAAUUCAGCUUGUCACCAUUAUCCUACAUCACGCGUAUUGGCGAACACCUCCUAACCCUCCCGCAACAACUCGAACUCUAUGUGGACGAUGACGCUCUAAAAUUCUCAAUAAAAACCCUCCCUUAUCUCAGUCCAAAAGACUUUGAUUACAAUGAAGAAGAUAUACCACCGGAAGAAGACGACGUGACGCAUCUGUGGAUCACAUCGGUCUCGCGCGGCACAAUGUCAACUUACAUCAACUCCCUCCUACGCAUCCCCCGAUUAAGCCAGCACGGUACAAAACAACUCUUGACGGAUGUGGGAUACGUUGCCAACGUGUUUGCAGCCAUGGAUAUCGAGCUCUUGCCAGAAUUUCGGCGAGUGCAUGCGCUUUUGGAUAUGGACGAUGCGCAGGUGAAGGCGAGAUUUGUCAAAGUUAGACAGGGUAAACCGGAGGUUGAAGGAGAUGGAUUUAUCUUUGGUGAUGAGGAUUUGGUUAGGAGGGUGACGGGAAUUCGGGGAAUUGAUGUUGGCAGGUACCCUUGAGGAUGUAGAUCCUUUUAUCCAUUUCGAAGGAUUUAAUAAUAACGAUAAAGAUACAAAACUGGCUGGAACACGGAUACAGUUUUGGUUGUGUCAAUUGA